AUGAGAAGAGCGAUCUCAUCCUCGGCCCCGGAGAGUGUGAUCAUCACCGGGGUUGGAGGCUCUUCGCUGGACGAGAACGCGGUCCUGACGGCCCUGGGCUCUAACACACGCACAACCACCUACAUCCACAUCAUCACCCCGCCGCCGCCGUGCCUCACACACACUCCCGCCGUGUGCGUGUCCGAGUCUCCGGCCGCCAGCCUGUACACCACCCCGACCGGGAGCGGACAGAGACCUGCGCUGGGACGGCCUCCGGCGAAGAGGCGCUUGGCUCUCGACGACUCGGACCACUUGUACACAGCUGAAGUAGCAAAAACCCCCAAGACCCAAAAUGGAGGCCCGCUAGCUGUGCUAAAGGGCAACAAAACUCCAAAGUCUCCAUCAGAGAAGACUCGCUACGACACGUCUCUGGGUCUCCUGACGAAGAAGUUUGUGCAGUUGUUGGGCCAGUCUUCGGAUGGCGUCGUGGAUCUGAACCAGGCGGCCGAGGCGCUCAACGUCCAGAAGCGUCGUCUCUACGACAUCACCAACGUGCUGGAGGGGGUGCACCUCAUCAAGAAGAAAUCCAAAAACAACAUCCAGUGGAUGGGCUGUAACCUUUCAGAGGUUGGUGGAGUACUGACCCAUAAACAGACUCUGAGCAGCGAAGUGGCGCAGCUGGUGCAGGAGGAGCGCAGACUCGAUGAGAUGAUCCAAAGAUGCACGCAAGAAGUCAAGCAGAUGACGGAAUCGUCGCACAGUCAGAAGUUCGCUUAUGUAACAUAUCAAGACCUCCGGCGGGACCAUAGUCUGAAAGAUCAGACGGUCAUCGCUGUCCGAGCGCCACCCGAGACCAAGUUAGAGGUUCCCGAUCCACAGGAGGGCUUGCAAGUUCACCUCACCAGUACGAAAGGACCUAUAGAUGUCUUCUUGUGUCCUGAUGAAAAUACCCCCGACAGUCCGGUGAAGAAUGAGAAUUCCAGUUUGAAUGGAAACUCCUCUCCUUUUAUGAAAGUGUUAGAAGAUGCCAACUCCAGUCGUUCAGGACCAGCGGUAACGGUCACCAACCUCUCACCCAUUACGUCCCCCUACACCAGCCUGCUACAACAAACUGAGGACCAGAACUCCUACUCUGAACCGCCCUUCAUCAGCCUGGGUUCACCACCACUCAGUGAAGACUACCUCAUGAGCCUAGGAGAAGGCGAGGGCAUUUCUGACCUCUUCGAUGACCUCGAUCGCCUCCCCAAUCUGGAUGAUCUUCUAUGCAACUGAAGGGAACCUCUUGCUUGGAUUGACUCGGUCAGAUGACCACUGAUAGGAGGGUGCAAAUUUAUAGGUGCCCUUGACUCAGGAGUCUGGUGAGAUGCCAGUAUUUUAAGCUUCCUGUGCAUCCUGAAUUGAGGGAUGCUUGGAGAACGGUCUACCCUUUUCCAACUUAAAGGUUCCUGUGAGACUCUGAUGAAGGAGCCAAGUCUUACUCGAGUAUGUGUUUCCCAUCUGAUCAAGUAAGUUGUUAGAAAAUUUGCUUGCAAGUGUCCCCUGUCUUGUGCAAGUAAGAUUACACCACCGUUCCUACAGUGAUAACUGCAGAUUUCAAAUGCCCAUGAAUUGGAGAUUUGAGGGUUUCCGGUUUGUUUCUACACCCUCUUGAGCAACCUGGAUGCCUCUGCUAACCAAGAUCUACCAUCUUCCAACUUGCAGAUGCCUUGAUUUGGGAAUUGCUGAGCAUUUCCCUUUACUUCCUUGUCUUUCCAUCAGCAUUUAGGAGCUCCUCUCCAAACUUUGGUCGUACCAAUAACGCUGGCUUUGGAUCGUUCCUCCCUAUACCCGGUCCUCAAUCUGCACACGUAAAAUUGGCCGUGUGCAGAUGUAGGAAUUAUCAUUGUUGACUUGUGCAUUUCAGCAUACCUGAAGGUGAACAUGAACUCGUAGUGAAGACCCAGGUGACUGGGUCGGUGGAGUAAAUCAAGUUCUGUGUAGAAUUACACAGCGACGCCCACAUCAUGUGCUGCUGUCUGUUUUAUUCCCAUGGUGAUGGGAUUCAAGCAGAUGGGAUUGAUAAGCUGCUCUUUAUUGUGUUCAGUGCUGCUGCGGAUUUCUUACGCUCCCUCGUGUGAGAAAUCAUUUCAUCGUUCGCGUCGACGCUUCGAGACUGUAAUGAUGAAGUAUAGAUUUGUCCAUUUUAACUUUUUAUCCUGGAUCCAAAGGUCUCUAGAGACCAAAGGGCAAAUUAACUCGGUGUUUUAUUUGACUGAAUAUUGAUGCCACUGACAGGCUCUCCAAUUGAUUUGAGUUCAGUUGGAUUUGAGGAAUCCUGCAUGUCCCAGUGGUGGGUUUUAUUUCAGUUUUGGAAGUGCACUUUAAAACUCCCUGGCCUGGAUGUAUGUUUACCGAGCUGUCAUCCUAUUAGAAGUCAUUUUUAGCCAUUUUUAAAUUGGUCACUUUGGGGAAUUUCUUUUCCUUUUUUUUUUUUUUUUUUUUUUUUGAGGAUCCGGCCGAUGUUCUCGUUAGCUAUCUUUACGCAAAGGCCUGGUGUCCCAGCCAUUUGUUAUGUACAUGCGGUACAGUACGCUUCAAUUUUAAAGGUUCACGUUUGGAAUUUCCCCGUACCACUAAUCGUCAGCCGAGACGUAUUUAGUGUCUUUUUAUGUUCUUCUUUAGUUUAGUUUUGCUUCUCAGUUUUUUGCUCCAUAGCUAAUUGCUAACUUUUUUUGUUUUCUCUAUUGAAAAUGUUUGCGUGACCUACAAGGGUCAAACAGUCUCUAGGAGAACCAGACAGAAGAAUUGUCCAUUGAAACAUGCACCUCCAAAUUCCUGAGCGGUCGUGGAACAUCCAGAUGUGCAAACAAAAAUUGAAAAUUGUUCUAAUGGGAAAAAUUUAAGUAGAAGGAAAAAAAGAGAGCUUUUGUGGAGUAGAGCUCACAUUGGGUCUAGGAGUGUGACCUUGUUCUUUAUAUUUUGUGAAACAGACCAGAAAUAAGUGUUUAAAAUCUUUUUCACCUGUAGUGUGGGGUCUGAAACUUACCUUGGUGGUACGGGCAAAAUUAUUAUUAUUAUUAUUAUUAUUAUUUUGGUGAAUGAAUGAUUCCUUUAAGUAGGUGCAUAGUAAUUCAACCAGCUGCUUAAAUUAAUGUUGUAUGUGUCUGUACGUUACGCUAGAAUAAUCCCACAAAUAUCUCAUAUCUUAACCUAAAUAUGAUAAAAGAAUUAUUCAGUUCAAUUAACAUUGCCCAAUCAGUCCAUGGAAAAUAAAAUAAUGUUAUUGGGCCAAAUUCUGAUUGGUUCACCCCAUGCGCUAGGUAAUAAACUACCUACGUCCAAACCUGUUGUUUUCACUGAUCUAUCUAUCUGUCUUUAUAUAUAAACAGGAUAGCUCAUAGAAUUUGAAAGUAGGUGAAGCCAACGGAAGUGCUCUGGUGGCAAUUUUACGAUUCCCUGCCAACAGAGGGCGCCAGACGAAAACAAGUUGACCCGAUGUGCUGCUUUUAGCAAAAACCGGUGGUUAAACACUAAUAUUUAAACACUUAAGCAAUAAAACACUUAAACACCAACACUUCAGCACUACUGUAAUCUGCUGAGGGAAAACAUGCAGAAAAUUAUGGAUAAAAAGUGCGUGAAUAGAAUGAACCGGUCCUGGAAGGCACAUCGUCCCUGUGGCGAACGAGUUUAUAUUUGUGCAGUAGUGUUGAGGGCUUUCUGACUUCCUUUGGGAUGCUUUGGCUCUGAGGAUCUGGCAACCCAGAAUCUCAUACACUGAGCUAAUAUGCACUAUAACACAAAGCUGUACAAAAUACCUGAUUGGUAUAAUGAAGUCUUUAUUUUCUGUAUCUUUUCCUUCAGUAGAUUACAGUAGUGUUGAAGUGUUGGUGUUUAGGUGCGAGUGUUGGUGUUUAAGCGUUUAGCCGCUGGUUGUUGCUAAGCUCUCUGUUUAGAACACAAAGCUGAUAUUCUAACGGCGCGGAGUGAAAUCUAUAAAAAAAACACCAAAAUGAAACGCACAUCAUGCUUAACGGCUAAAUAUUCUCUGUACACAAAUAUCCGCUGUAUUUCUGUGUUUGUUUUAUGUUUCAGAGCUCCGACCGCUGAUCUUAUACACGGGUGCAUCUCAAAAAAUAUAGAAAAGUCAGGUGGAAAAGUUCGGGGUUUUUUCCAUAAUUUAAUUCAAAAAGUGGAACUUUUAUAUAUUCUGGGUUCAUUAUACACAGUGAAAUAUUUCAAGCCUUUCUUUUGUUUUAAUCGUAAUGAUUAUGGCUUACAGCUCACGAAAAUCAAACACCCAGCAUCUCAUAAUAUCAGAAAGAAUUUAUAAUACAGAAAUGUCGAGCUGAGAAGACUCUAAUCAGUGAAUUAACUUAAAACACCUGCAAAGGUUUCCUGAGGCUUUAAUCUCUCAGUCUGGUUCAGUACACAACCACAAUCACGGGGAAGAUGAAAGGAAAUGUUGCAUUUCAUUUGGAAAUCAAGGUUCCAGAGUCUGGAGGAAGAGUGGAGAGGAACAGAAUCCGAGCUGCUUGAAGUCCAGUGUGAAGUUUCCACAGUCAGUGAUGAUUUGAGGUGUCAUGUCAUCUGCUGGUGUUGGUCCAGUGUGUUUUCUCAAGUCGAGAGUCGAUGCAGCGUCUACCAGGAGAUUUUAGAUACUUCAUGCUUCCAUCUGCUGACGAGCUUUAUGGAGAUGCUGAUCUCCUUUUCCAGCAGGACUCUGCACCUGCCCACAGUGCCAAAACUUCUAGUAACUGCUUUACUGACCGUGGUGUUACUGUGCUCGAUCGUCCAGCCGACUCGCCUGACCCGAAUCCCAUAGAGAAUCUACGAGAGACACCAGACCUGACAAUACAGACGAGCUGAAGAGCGACCUGGACUUCCAGAACACCUCAGCAGUGCCACAGGCUGAUCGCCACCACGCCGUGUCGAUGCAGUCAUUCCUGCAGGAGGAUUAAAACCUUGACCGAGUAUCAGCGCAUAAAUUAACACACUGUUCACAAGGUCCACAUUUCUGUAUUAUAAACUCUUCAUUCUAAUAUUCUGAGAUACCGGAUGUUUGAUGUCCGUGAGCUGUAAAGCGUAAUCAUCGAGAUUAAAAUAAAAAAAGGCUCGAAAUAUUUCACUUCAUGUGUAAUGAAUCUAGAAAAUAUGAAAGUUCUACUUUUUGAAUUAAAUUAGAGGGAAAAAAUGAACUUUUCCCACGAUAUUUGAAUGUUUUGAGACGCACCUGUACACAGAUCAGUGAUUACGACCCACAGUGAGUGGAGAAUGUCGGUGAAUACACAGAUGGCAGUGCCGUAGCUUGAGCUAUCCAGAUUUUUAUAGAUAGAUAGAUAGAUGGAUCAGUGGACGUUUUAUAUUAUAAAUAUUUUGUGGUUCCAAAAGUCUCCUUUCUGUAUCAAGUCUUGGCAUAAAACCGACUUUUAAAAGAAAUAAUGCGAUAUCACUCUGCAUUUCACAAAGAGACUGAGGAAAGAUGUUCUGGUUUGUCUUAUUUAGUUUUGGGGGAUAAAAGAACGAAAGGUGUGUGUGUGUGUGUGUGUGUGUGUGUGUGUGUGUGUGUGUUGUUUUGUGCUACAUAGCAGUUCAGGUUCAGUGUUUAUUACCGAAAGCCAUUGCUGUAGUAGUGCCUUCACCAGCUAUGCAGAGAUCCAGUAAAGCAAACCUUUAACUUCAGAGCCGGCCGUCUACCACGGGUAAUAAUCCUCCUUUAAAUGAUAAAACAGCGUCGUUAUUUCACCCUUUUACUAGUUGUUCUUGUCAGCGUAUUCUCAAGGCACACUCAGUGAUUUUGUAACUACAAUCAUGAACGUUAUUUAUAAUCCACACGCUGCGUUACCUUCCGGAAUGAUCUCCAAACAUACCGACAGUCCAGGCUUGUGUGGCUGUUCAUGUUGACUGGUUGACCAGUAAUUCCAUCAUUAGUCAUGUUUUUCCAUCGUUAAAGAGAGAACUAAUUCAGGACGCAUCUAUCUUCAGGCUGUUGUAUGAGCGCGGUCACGUUACGAUGUCCGCUGCCAUUCUUCUACAGUGUUCGUGAUCGCGUUAAAUAAAUCGGUGCAGUAAAAUGUGAUGAGUGAUAAAUCCAGUACGUUAAAUGUCACGUUACACCAUGGUGUAAGGAUAUUAUUCCAGCUUUAUUUAGCGGUAAAGGACAUAAAAGUAACUGGAGGAGGAAUUCGGUGGGGAAUGUGCGUCAUGCGUACGCUCAGAACUCGGUUUGUGAAGUCGUGAUCGUGACUUGGUAAUACGAGGGGAUGAGAUCUUUCCCUCAUGUUACUGAUCAGCUAUUUAACUAAUCCACACUUAAUCUGGGGUCACGACUUCAUUAUGAUGUUCCUUUGCGUUAUUAAUUCAUAGCCACGCGUUAGGAUCUUGUUCCUUUGCAUUAAGGCCAAGCGAUAUUUUAUUUUAAUUAAGAAGAAAUGUCACCAGUAGGGCUUCGUAAUGGCAUCAUGUACACAGCUGGUUAGAAAAAAUUUGUAUGUUCUAACUAAAGAUCUGAUACUGCGUACUGUCAAGAAAACCGUAUCUUCUGGUUCACAAGAUCUAAAUCUCUGCUCAUUAAUAAGUUCCGUCUUGACGCCAAGAGCAUACGCUGCUGCUGUGUCAUUUCUCCAAACAGGUACGUGGUAUUCGACCAGCUUUCUCUACUGGUUUAGAUGGUAACGGAUUGGUGUUACGCAGUCUACUCCAGUUUUAGUCUGGAGUCUGGUCUUCAACCUGGUUUUAACACCAGCAACCAUUGAAGUGAGGUUCUCCACUCCACUCAGGGGAACCUACUGAGCUCAUUAGCUCGUUGUGUUUGGUCAGUCAGGUGUGUGAGGAAAUCCUGAAAGGAUUGCAGUCUAGUAAGCGGAAUUCAAACGGUUUUCCAAAUCCGCUCCUUGGAACGCGAAUCAAACGGCGGGAUCGGGAAGCUCGGCCGAACGUUAGGAGAAUCCUCAGGAUUUUAGAUUAGCAAAAAUGUUGCUCCCCUUAAAAAAAAAAAAACUUUACUACGUACGUGUCUGCAUUUCCGUGUACUGUGAAUUAACAGUAAUACAUCAGAUACUCGCCUUUUCCUUUUCUCCAGUGUUAUUGUUGUGAAGGAUCCAUCAUAUUUCUUCUUUUUUUUAAACAGAUAAAAUCAAGCCUUAAUUAUUCCCAGAAUUCGAUUUUUGUGCUCAUGGAUUUCUUUUCGAUAUGAAGACGAGUUCUUCUGUUGUUUUGGGGAACGUGUGAUGGUUUUUAAAAGAGUAGAGUGAGCUGGACGUCUAAUGCACGUCAUUAAGAAUGAACUGUAUGAACGGUAAAACCAGUGGACGGAUGUAUCUGAAGGAAAUCCGCUGGAGCGCCCAAAGCAUCGCUCUCCCCAGGUUUGUUUCUGAUUUAAUAGAAUGAUGAUAGCAUAAAAAAAAACCUACCAUAAGUGAUGGGGAACCUCCCGAAUAUUUAUUUACUAUAAAUUAAUCACCUAAUAUUUAAUGUAUCUUUGAAUUUCAGCUCUUUUUUUUAAUUUUUUUUUUUUUGCUAUUCAUAUCCUGUUCUCCAUAUUUGUGUCCUGUGUUUCUUUUUAAUUGCACAUUUUAUUCUUGACUCUAUGGAUAAUUUCCCUGUGCGUAAAAACGAGUGUGUGCGAAUAAGAACAGCGUGCGGUUUACGAUGUACUCUGAACAUUUUUUUAGCAUGAAAGUGGCUGUGUGUAACUGUAACACAAGGUUUUAAACUUCAGUGUGUUUUUGAUAAGAUUUCACAAUAUGAUGUCAUUAUCAGCUU